UCAGAAAAAAAUUAUACCCCUAAUUAAACUUAUGGUACAACUUAUAGGCAUCAGGUCCGUAAAACAAACUCAUGACCAUAGUUUUGCCCCUUUAAUCAGAUGAAUCUACCAAAAAAAAACAAUAAUGAGUAUGAGAUUGUGCACUUUUGGUGUCAGAAGUUCGGUUUUCAGACUUCAAUGCACUUAGGGGAGAUGCUAGCUCCUCUGGGUACUUUCUUCGACAAUCUAAAAAUCCUCAAUUGGUUUGAUAAAGGCGUUCGCAGGGUUUAUUUGCUUAGGGACGCCAAGACAAAUGUACCUUUUGCCGCGUUGUCAAAUGAUCUAUGGUCACAGGCCCCCGAAAAAGUGUAUCCUAUGGGAUGAUGACAUAUAGUUAAUUUAUUCAAGUGGUUGACAUUGGUUCUGGACAGACGUCUCUUUGAGGGGAUUCACAUUCUCUUCGGGAGAAUACGUGAACUGGGGCUGGUACCUUUUCACCUGAGCCAAUGUUGCGA